AAAUAAUCUCUCUUUAGAUUGUGGAGAUAAUUUUUGCUCUCGAUUUUGUAUGCACCGAGUGGAAUGUCUCAUCCAGGCUCAGGAAAUGGAAGCUGCACAGGAAAAGGGCUAUUCUACCCGGAGUUUGGCGCAGUGGAGCUGCUUGGAAAGGCACCUCCGGCGGUGGAUCAUUACCAUGAUCACGGCCCUCUCGAUUACCGCAAACAUACUUUCCCUAACAGGCUAUUCUACCAUGAUCGAGUGGAGCUGCUUGGAAACAAGAGGAAGGCACCACCGGAUUACUAUGAUCACCCGCCUCUUGAUCGCCUCAAAGUUACUCUCUGUAACAGGCUAUUCUACCGGGAGUUUGAGCUGCUCGGAAACAAGAGGAAGGCACCGCCGGUGGUGGAUCAUUACUGUGAUCAUCCGCCUCUCAAUCCCUGGGAACUUACUCUCCCUGACAGACUAUUCUACUCGGGGUUUGAGCUGCUUCGAAACAAAAGGAAGGCACCAGAGGCGGUGGAUCAUUACUGUGAUCAUCCGGCUUUCAAACGCCGGAAACUUGCUAAGAAGGCAGGGGACUCUCCUCUCAGCGAGAACGGGAUGAUGAUGGUGGAAGUGAUCAAGCGGCAUCCACCUGACUUCGCCAACAUGAUCCAAGACUAUCAUGGCGUGAGACCGACGCUGGCUCACUACGACUGCCUGGCGGAUCCCCUGUGCCGGACGGGGCUGUUCGGCCAGGCCGUGGAGCUCAUCGACACCAUGCCUUUUGAGCCGGACUUGGACGACGCUCCUGGUGACGUGCCAGACUCUCUCGACUCUAGAUACGACAAGGCAAAGGCAGGACCGGCUCAACGUCUCGCUCAACUCGAUCGGCGGUGCUCCAUCGAGACCAGGGAUCAUAUCCAAGCGUGGGAGACGGCACAUUCUUAUGCUGCCGCCGUCGAUUAGGAGCUCCACAGGCUAAACAUCGAGCUGACCAUGGAGCGGGGGUGCAAGGUGGACGUGCUGCUGGGGCUUGUGAGCAAGGUGCCAGGCACGACCAUCCAGGCCGUCAAGAACCUCAAGGUUGACACCACUCUUCUCCAAGACCGUGCCGAGAAGUAGAAGCUUCUGCAAUAGCAGGAAGCCGGCGGCUGGAUUGCUUGGUCUCUCCAACGACUCAUACUGGGAACUCUAUGUGAUUUUAAAAUGUAUAUAUUAGUAUUAAAGAUCUAAGUUUGUAAA